UACAAUGCGUGUCAUCAUGUGAGCGUGGAGUAGGACAUGGAGGAUCUGGAUGUCUCCGGUUCGCUUCUGCAGGCUGCAGCGGGCAACGCGAGCCGGACCGGGGCCUCAGAAGGCGGCUUGUCCAGGCGGACCCAGAUUUUCCUGGAGAUUCUCAUAGUUCUGAUGUGUUUGGGAGCUGUGAUAGGUAAUAUUUUUGUCAUUCUUACUGUGGCUGCAACAAAGACCCUCCACUCAGUGACAUCAGUGCUGAUCACAAACCUGGCCGUCAGUGACCUUAUGGUCGGUGUUGGAGUCAUACCUUUUGUUGGUUUGUCAAUCAUAAAUCAUGGAUGGCAAGACUGCACAGACCUCUGUUUGUUUGUUGGAUACACCUCCUCUGUGUACCUCACAGCUUCUGUUCUGACAUUAGCUGCUAUUGCUCUGGACCGCUACCACUCCAUUUUGCACUGCCUCCACUACAACUCCCACUGCACUCUUUGGAGGAUAUGUGCUGUGGUCCUGUGGGUCUGGCUGCAGGCCCUGGCCACCAGUUGGCCUCCACUUCUGGGCUGGAGCUCAUUCAGCUAUGUGGUCCCCAUGUAUAACUGUGCAGUCAACUGGGCCAGAAGUCCAAGCUACACCAUCUUCAUGGCUGCUCUCUCCUACCUCACACCAGCAGUAGUGAUCCUCUUCUGUUAUGUGAACAUUGUCAAGGUGGCCCGCAGCCAUGCUAGGAGGAUUCAUACACUUGAGGACUCUGUCCAGCGCAGCAGGAAUUCAUCUCAGCAUCACUGCAGGAGCAGCCCCUGGAGACUUAUUUAUCACAUAAAUGCUCAGAGUAGCUCACAGCCACCUUCGCAAAACUCCCAGCAGCACCACCACGGAGUGAUGCGCCUCUUCCUGAUCAUCUCUGCUUUCCUUCUCUGCUGGACACCCUACCUAUGUGUGGCUCUAGUUCAGGCAAUAGAAACAGCCAUUUCAGGCCAAUCCACUCUUGUUCCACCCUUUGCCAUUACCACCUCCUACUGGCUGGUGUUGCUGAACUCUGAUAUCAAUCCUCUCCUGUACGCUCUGCUUAGCAAGCGCUUCCAGAGCGCCCUUCGCGGACUUGGACAAAAAAUACGAUCUUGUUUGGGGAGCGUGAUGGGCAGGCGAGGUGAAGUCAGAGCAGAGGGAGAUGAGGUCAGGAACAGCGACCCCUGCACUAUGAGCACUGCUCAUCCAAGUUCACAAUCCAGCACCGAAAGUUUGACUUGUGAAAACUCAAAGUAUUCCUCCUCCAUUUUUACUGUUAGCGCUGGCUUCAAACAUCAUUCUGAGGAGCACAUAUGCAGAGUGUGUCACCGUGACAACACCCGAUCCACAUCCUCUGGUGAAGCUGGUGGUGACAGAAAACAUAAUCUGCAGGUCCCGUCUCGGCCACAAGAGAGAAGCAGACUACCUUUAUCUGCUCUGACUGAGGAGCGGGAGGCCACAUUUUUAUUUGGCCAGAUUACAGUGAGAGUGGAGCAUGAUGCUGGCUAGUGUGAUUUCUGCAAGGACACCCACAGUAGGUGGAUUAUCACCUUUAACGUCAGAGUUUUACUGCAGCUAGUAAUUAUUUUUAUGAUCAACUCAUCCAACAAUGAUUGUUUUUGUUCCUUAAAUGUCUUAAAGCAGUCAAGUUUGCAUAUUACUUUUGUUUGGUCUUUUUUAAGUCAACAGUCCAGUUCAGUUCACCAAGUAUGAAUAAGGAGUGAAUGAAUAAUGGAUGCAAUGUAAAGCACUUUUAUGCCUUGAAAAGCGCUAUAGAAAUCUAAUCCAUUAUUCUUAUAAGUGAUUUCUCAUUGUUUUUUUCAGAAGAAAUCACUUCAAUGAUGAAUCUGUUAUGAAAAAUUGAGAAUAAACUAAUAAAUAAUUGUAAUGCCGACAUGUCAAACAUGCUACAAUAAUCAAGAUUCAUUUGUAAGGUUCACAUCAUUUUAAACUGAUUUCUAGCUGAGAUUAGAGCUACAAAAACUUUGCUAAUCUGCAAAUCAUUUUCCAGAUUCAUUAUUUAAAAAUGUUUUAAGUGUAAAAAAAACAAAACAAAACAAUAUGACAAUAAAAGUCAAAUGCUUUCGUAAUUUCUGACUGGACUGCUAUUUUCUAUUGAUCAUCUACUUCAUUAAAUGCUCAUGAAGAACAGACCUUGACAAGGAAACAUAUUGAAAAGAAAUCUUUUUAUAUAGUACAUGUGAUUACACUUGAAGACACCCCACAGUAAAUAGA